AUGGUCCAAGUUUUGUCCCUUCUUCUGUGUGCGCUGUUAGCGGUAUUAUCGCGGUUGGCCGUCACCAAGUUGAUUACCAAAAAAAGUUUGAGCAAGAUCAUUCUUUUGUUCUUGCUUCUCGUGAUUUCGAGAGUUCCUGUUAUAAGAGCCAGUGUGCCAUAUUUGGGGCCAUUUGCUUUUCUGUACUUAGUCGUAGAUGGUUCAGUACAUUCCCAUGAAUUUGCCCUUAAAUCAGAACCCACUCUUCGACAAUUGCCCACUUAUGGGGUUGAGGAAAAAGAGGGAUAUGCGAAAUCUUCUCACCCAACCAUUGCUACAAGACCCAUUAUACCGGACCAGCUAGAACUUUCCGCUGAGAUAGAGCGAAUUAUAGACUACAUCAUUCGUGAUUUUGUAACUGUUUGGUACAAAUCAAUCGACAAUAGGCCUAACGACGCGCCAUUUGUUUCAGAGCUGAGAUGCGUUAUGGACAAUAUUAUCAGAAAUCUGCGUGAUGCUCUGUCAAAUGUAGACUUUUCUGAGUUACUGAUUUUGAAGAUGCUUCCUGUGUUGACUAGACAUUUCAAGGCAUUCAGGGCUGCUCAUAAGACGGUAUCUGGCCAAAAAAUUUCGAAAAAUGACAUGGGUACCGGUGACCAAAAUUUCACCACAGCGGUGGAGUUUGGCCGGGAUUACAAAAUUCACAAAUCAAUAUCGCUCGGUCUCGACGAUCUGCCCGUGUGCCUGGAAAAAUACUCUAGGGUGAAAGCAGACUUCUUGCUUCAGAGACUGGUGAACCAGAGAGAGCUGUCGUCGAGGUUCGUAAAGAUUUUGGGACGAGAAAUUCUUUGCUGCAACCUAUUGAGUCCUUUAUUGCAAAAGAUCACAGAGCCUCACUUUUUGAAUGAUUUUCUCAUUGCGACUGCGGAUUCUCUAUUGGAAGAAAGAAUCCGUGUCAAAGAGAUCAGGGCAGCGUUGUCGUCUCAGUUGAGCGAAACUCAACAAGUCCCACACCUCGCAUCGGAUGAAACUGCAGCUCUUAGCGAAAUUGUGAUAAACAUCGAAGCUGAUCCCAAGGUAUACGAAGAUCUGCUUAAGGGGAUAAGCUGCGCCAAGAGUGAGGAGGCUCUGAAGGCGGUAAAGAUAUUACUCAUGUGCCAAGUGAUUAAGCUGAAAAAGACUGAUGUUUUGAGUAAAAAUAGCUCACCCUCGCUCAACAGGCUCAGUUUAGCCUUGAACUUGGUUGAAAGCCGGCUCAAAUAUUUUUCAACCAAUAUGUUCGAACCGCCUUCUUCUCAUGCAGGCUUCAAGUCGGAAGAGUUUGUGGCCUUUAGGAAGUAUGUCGAGUCUUUGUCUACCGCUGAUGUCAUUAGAGAUAAAACCUGCCUCCGCUACUUUCUAGAGUAUUUGAAAAUGCACGAUACGAAAGGACAUCGCUGUUUGAAAUUUUGGCUUAAAGUGGAGGAGUUCAAGAAUCCCUUAGAGGACCCAAGCAACGGAGAACUCGCAGUCAUCUCAGAGGAAGGAUUUGAUGAUCUCAUCAAGAUAGCCACGGAUUUCUUCUCGGGCAGAAAUCUCUAUAUCAUGCAAUCGCUGAGUGAACAAUGUACAGCGGACGUAGUUUCGUUAUUGUCAGCCCUGAAACAAGGGGGAAGACCUGCUGCUAGCGAGCACCAUCAAGCGGCACGAAGAAGUUUUCUGCGACUACAAUCAUUGGCCUACGAAUUCUUAGGGCUUUCGUGUUUCCCCGCUUUUAAACAAUCAAAGGACUUUUUGCGUAUGAUUUCCGUAUCGGGGGUUGAAGCCUCCAGGGCUUUCGAAAAACCUGCAAUUGAGCCAGAAGCCAACCCCGAAUAUAUUUCACGGACGUCAGUGGGUGUAAUUGCAGACAAUAAUUUACAAGACCGGGAGUGUUUGGAUGUAGAAAACUCACCUGUUGAAGGUUUAGCCAUCAUAGACAAAGCAAGAAACCGCACGCCAUAUUCGGGUCUGUUUGGUAGUCGCGAAGAAAGUAGUCUAUUUGAAAACAAGAUUUUUGAAGAAGAUUAUUCGGAUGGUGACGCUAAAAACUCAAGUGACGAGGAGUCUUCUGAACCGUCAUACUUGGCCGAUAGCCUGGAAAGGCACAAAGCAACUUGGGGUGAGGAAUCUGAUCCUGAUCUAGCUGUCAAAAAUCUUAAUCAGUCAACAUUGAAAAAUACUAUUGCGGAGCUAACCAUUUCGAUCGAUCGCUUGAAAAAGCAAUUGUCGUUGUUGAACCACCUUGGAUUGAAAGCCGAUCUUACAGAUGACGUGCCGGAACUCAAGCUGCUCAAAAAGUCUGAAAAAGCUGUUAAUCGAGAGGUUCUCCAGCAAGAAUUACUGAGACAACAGCUUUUAGUUCAAGAGGACGCCAACAGCUUAUAUGAAAAAUGUCAAACUUCUAUCAAAACCUAUUUGAGUGAUAUUUCCCCUAACAGUGGAAGAGAAGUUGUGUUUUACGUUGUCAGUGUGACUCAUGUCAGCAAUGAGAUUGUGACCUCCUGGGAUGUACCACGGAGGUACAGCGAGUUUUAUGAGUUGAACGCUUACCUCAAAGAACGAUACGGUGGAACCAUCAAAUAUUUUCAAAGAAGAGAUUACUUUCCCGAGAAAGUAAAAAUGUCUUUGGUGUAUCACGUAUCCAAAAACCUUUUGUAUAAAGAGCGGACUGUGAAACUUGAAAGAUUUUUGAGAUGUCUCUUAAAGAUGCCUGAAAUUUGUCAGGAUACUUACUUCAGGAAGUUCUUGACCGAUACAAACACAGUUUUCACCAUAAAGCGCAGGGCGCCCAAUGAAAGCCGAAUCAAACUGCUUUCACGAGUGGAUUCCGUGUCAUCCAAGCUGUUUGAACCAGUGCCUAACGUGCCUCAACCUCGCGGAAAAGCUGAGCCCGAACAAGAAGCGAAAAUAGAUCCAUCGCAAUUACAACGUACCGAGGAUGUAAACUUCGAAAAGGAUGAUUCAAAAAAGCGUUCUUUUAUCAGACCACUAUGUGAGUUUCUCGCAACGGUAUUUUCUCUCAAAGACUCGCGAUCGAGCUGGCUAAGAGGCCGAGCCCUGCUUGUCGUUAUACAACAGCUGCUUGGAAGCACCAUCGAAAAGUACAUCAGGGAUUCGAUAGACGCAAUGACAAACCCCAAAAGUACUGCUAUGACUGCAAAAAAGAUUCGGCUAAAGCUUUGGGUAGAUGGCGUUUUUUUCAAGAAGUUGGAAGCUGCGGGGUCAGCAAGCAAAAAGGAAGACGCUUCCCGAACAAGCAUACAGGCUAAGAAUAAGAUACAAAGCCUAAUGGCAGAGACAUGUGGCCGCGUAUUUGGAGUGAGAAAAUCGAGAGAAACUGCUAGCGACAUACAUUUAAUGCUUCAGAACGAAUAUUUGAAUGCCAGUUUGCUCCUCGAACUAGUUGACAUUUUGCUAGCGGAGCUUUUUCCUGGCGUAACGUGA